CCAUUGCCUGUGUGAAGGGGAGAGGAGACUCCUUUCAGAAACAUUCUUCUUUACCCAGCUGUCUGUUAGGGCGAUAUUAACUUCAUUUCUUACUGCUGCCGUUAAAACCUUGGUUUCCUCGCAUUUCAGAGCAAACAUUGCGUUUUCUUUUCUAAUCUGGCUCCAGUGACGAGUUAAAACCUACUUGCACACUCGGUAAACUCGUCUUCAGCUGCUCCGUAAGGUACAGCUUGUUAGCUGGUUUACAUUAGCCAGGAGCUACCAGUAGAUUUACGGCUUAUAUCCGUGGCUGCGCUUCCAGGUAGAUCAACUAAACAGGCGCUGCUCAGCCACAAUGGUUUGGUCAUUUCACCAAAUCCAGGGUAUUGACAUUGGUGAAUAAUUCAUCUGAUUUGAGGACACAUCAACGCAACCUUUUGUUUGACAGCGCAAUCCGUCUGGUUUGGCCUGUUUCAUUGUCUGCGAGCAUCGAAAACAACCUAGUGUUUUUUUUUCUAGUGUCAGUGGGUUGUUGGCCAACUCAGCCGUGAUCGUGUAAACACAACGGUCAGCUGUUGACUCCAGAUUAUUUCACAAGCCAGUUUUCUAGUCCGGUAUGGCACAACACGACCACACUCAUGUAGCUAGUUCACAGAAAGCACUCAUGUUGGAGAUGAAGAGCCUUCAGGAGGAGCCUGUGGAGGGAUUCAAAAUCACACUGGUGGACGAGGCUGAUAUGUACAACUGGGAAGUGGCCAUUUUCGGACCACCAAACACUCAUUAUGAAGGGGGGUAUUUUAAGGCUCGGAUCAAGUUUCCCAUUGACUACCCAUACUCUCCACCUGCCUUCCGCUUCCUCACCAAAAUGUGGCACCCCAACAUCUAUGAGAAUGGAGAUGUGUGUAUUUCUAUAUUGCACCCUCCAGUAGACGACCCGCAGAGCGGAGAGCUGCCUUCAGAGAGGUGGAAUCCCACCCAGAAUGUCCGGACAAUUUUGCUGAGUGUGAUCUCACUGCUGAAUGAACCCAACACCUUUUCUCCAGCUAAUGUGGACGCCUCUGUCAUGUACCGCAAAUGGAGAGACAGCAAAGGCAAGGACCGAGAAUAUCAAGAGAUCAUCAGGAAACAGGUAUUGGCAACCAAGGCAGAAGCAGAGCGUGACGGUGUGAAGGUGCCCACCACACUGGCCGAGUACUGCAUCCGCACACGUGCCCCGGCCCCCGAUGAAGGCUCUGACCUGUUCUAUGACUAUUACUAUGACGACGACGAUGUGGAGGGCGAGGACGGAGACUGCUGCUACGAUGAAGAUGACUCGGGAAACGAGGAGUCGUGACGUGCUUUUCGGCCGCAUUCUCAAUUUAGCUGACAUACGCUACCCGUUUUUUCUGUCAGGGUUGCCAGAAAUUCUCGGUCCACAUUCAACCGAGAAAGAUUUGAAGCUUCCCACUUCUAAAACAAUGAAAAGAGCAGUUUUCUCCUGAGCCUUUGAAUUAUUUUUCAGAGGCGUAAAUCGAUGCACCGUUGUGGAAGGGUCAGACCUGGUAGAAUUUGCACCAGCACAAAAGUCACCAAGUUCUUCAGAUAUUAUUAAUCUUCAUUAUCACCCAAAACCUUACUUUGAGAGAAUAUCCCCUAAUCCUAUUGAGUUGUUCAGUCCCCUGUAUAGUAUAAAGUAUUGUGGGGUUAAUACCACUUUUAAUAACAGCAACAUUUGCACUGGUGCAACUGCAAACACUUCCAAACUUCGCUCAGCCUGUCUCUUCUCCUGCAUAUCUUUAUUUCCCUAAUUGUAAGUGAUUGUUGCUCGGCAGUAGUUGGUCUCGGUGACUGACAGAAGAUUGAGGACUUCAAGCAGCCUUUUUGUACCGAAUGAUGUACUGCUAAACCAUUAAAUCAAACAUUUUCCAAGUUUCCCAAUCUUUUCGCUUCAAUGCGAGAGGAUGUCACAGGGCGAUGUUUCUCAAGCAUGCCAGAACAUCAUCAGAAGCUUUUUGUCCCUUUUACCUACGGCUGUUUACCUACAUCACUAUCUGUUAUCAGCUUGGUAAGAAGAAAUACUCAUGUUGACUGAGAUCCCAGAGAACUCUGUAUCUGGAGGACCGGCUGGCGUCGGUGGUUCAAAUCCUCAUGUGAACAGUUUUGGUAAUAAGAAAUUGAUCUUUUGCUGUGUUUUUCCUGGUUACUGUUCGAUGUGUUUCUGUGUCAUUUUGAGUGUGGGGUUAUGUUAUUUGAAGUAGCUCAGAUUUAAGACUCGUUUAAGAACGUUUUUCAGGGGGGAGGGAAGAACUAAUUACUGAUCUGAAUUGUAUUUCUCUUCAGGUUUUCUCUCUAAGAGGCCUGAAGGGGCCAAAGACGUAAAGCAGUGUAAAAGAGAGCCCAAAACAUUUUCUGACUGUUUGGCUGCAAUAUUUUUGCUUGAGAAUGAAUUAUGUGAUGAAAUUAUUAGGUUUGAUUGGCAAAAAUGUAGGAGAAGUGUCUAUCAAAAGGUGUUGUUGCAGUAUCAGUCACAUUUCUAAACAUUUUCAGCCCGGGAAGUGUAAGAGAAAAAAUUCUGCUGUGUUUUAUUUUCGUUUCUAUUCUUUGUCAGCAGAGAGUAGUUUUGAUAUCAUUUUUAGAGUGCAUGGUCUCCUCUGUGUGUAUUUUUGCAUCAGCAAUAUUGAUUGUUUAAUUUACUUAUAUUAGAAUUUCAUACUGAAUUUCUCAGGAUAAUGAAUUACAUAUUAAAAAAAAACUAUACCAUUUUCUUUUUUUAGGUGGUCUUCAGAAUUGGUUUACAGCUUCAGCAGGAACCAUAACUGAUAUGCACAUGUAGCUGUAUAGGUGAUCGCCGUAUUGUUUUAUUCACCUGUGUUUCUUUUUUAUUUUCGGCUAUUUAAAAAUGGAAAAUAAAGAUUUAUUGGGAAAA